AUGACACCUGAACAACUACAGUUCCACUAUUUCAAUAUGCAUGAUCUCGACAAGAAUGGGAAGUUGGAUGGCAUCGAGCUCAUAAAAGCAAUCACUCACUUCCAUGCCGAAAAUCCCGGUCCUCGGCAUCAGGAUACUAAUCAACCGCCACCUCUACCUAGUGAGGUCGAAUUGGAGUCGAUGAUUGAUGCCAUAUUGAAAGAUGAUGAUUUCAAUUCUGACGGCUACAUCGACUACGGAGAGUUUUCAAAAGCCCAGAAGAUGCGCGAGGAUCAGGCU